CGCACCUUUUUCCCACGUCACGCGGGAGGAGGCGUGGGCAGGGAACCAGCCAGGCUCCCCUCCUUCCCGGCACCCUCUCGUCCUUUUCUGCCGCACGUCCGUGGGAGCUUCCCGAGUGUCGCCUCCCGUCAAAAAGCUGCCCUUGCCCGCCGUGGAAUGAGUUUUCUCAAGUGGAGACGGAGCGUAAAGGGAAACGACAGCAGCAAGAAUGUCACAAAGGCACAAAACGUCCCUGAUGGCCCGGACUCCCCUAACAGGCUGUCAGUCAUAAACUCUCCAGCUUUGGAUCCUAUCAUCAGGGACUUCAGGUUGCAGUUACACAACAACAAAGAUGUCCCAGGACAAGCAAGUCCUUCCAACGGGUGUCCAACGUCGGACCUGUCGCUGCUUCUGGCGGACUGCAUGGCCGCCCUGGAUCUGUUCCUCCAAAAUGACUUUGAGGAGGCACAGGCUCGCUUGAGACCCAGAAUCAAAGACAGCAUGUAUCAUGCCCUGACCUACGCCACCUUCCUCGAAAUGCAAGCCAUGAUGACCUUUGAACCCCAACACAUCAUGGAGGCAGGAAAUACCAUGAAAGAGGCCCAGGCUGUUUGCCAGCGACAUCGCAAGAAGUCAAGCUUCUCCAAGGGCUAUACUGAAGACGAGAUUCACGCUGAAGUCUGCUAUGCUGAAUGCCUCCUGCAGAGGGCAGCACUCACCUUCCUUCAGGAUGAAAAUAUGAUCAGUUUCAUCAAAGGAGGAAUCAAAGUGAGGAAUAGCUACCAGACAUACAAAGAGCUCCACAAAGUGCUCGAGUCCGCCGCCUACUGUCACGGCAACAAUCACGCUCAUUUUGAGGGCGGAGUCAAAUUGGGAGUUGGAGCCUUUAAUAUGAUGAUCUCCAUGUUGCCCACACGGAUGCUCAAGCUGCUGGAGUUUGUAGGCUUCUCGGGUAAUAAGGAGUUUGGUCUCCAGCAGCUUCAGGAGGGCUGUACGGGAAGCACAUUCAGGUCAUUCUUAUGUAACAUGCUGCUGCUCUGCUAUCACACCUUCAUGAGCUUUAUACUAGGCACUGGAGAAGGAGAUGUAGAAGACGCGGAAAAACUGCUGCAGCCGUAUCUCAAGAAAUACCCUAAGGGAUCCAUCUUCUUGUUCUUCGCUGGUCGAAUCGAGGAGAUCAAAGGCAAUCUGGAUGCUGCUAUCAAGCGGUUUGAGGAGUGCUGCGAGGCUCAGCAGCAGUGGAAGCAGUUCCAUCACAUGUGCUACUGGGAGCUGAUGUGGUGCUUCACCUAUCAGCGGCAUUGGAAGAUGGCCUACUUCUACGCCGACCUGCUCAGUAAGGAGAAUUCCUGGUCCAAGGCAACCUAUGUGUAUAUGAAAGCGGCCUACCUCAGCAUGCUGACUGAGGAAGAUUGUCUAACCUUCGGGGAGACUGCCGUCACUCUAUUCAGGCAGGUUCAAGGGCUAAGACAGAAAAUUGCCGGCAAGUCUUUACCCACGGAGAAGUUUGCCAUCAGGAAAGCUCGUCGCUACCUCACAGAAAACCCCGUUCCUCUUCCUGUCCCCCCUCUGGAGAUGAUGUACGUUUGGAACGGCUAUACAAUCAUCGGCAAGCACAAAGAGCUGACUGAAAACAUGCUGAAGACGCUGGACGAGGCGCAGGCACAACUCGAAAGCAUGCAAAGGUCCGAGUUCUCAUUUGACGACCAGUGUCUGCUGAGCUUGCUGAAGGGCCUGUGUCUCAAGCACCUGGGGCAUCACGAUGAAGCCGAACACUACUUUACUCUCGUCCUCUGCAAUGAGACCCAGAUCAAGUACGACCACUACCUAGUUCCCAAUGCCUUGCUAGAGCACAGCUUGUUAUGUCUGGAACAAGGCCGGAAUGAUGAAGCUGUAAAACUACUAGAAGCAGCAAAGCAAAAUUACAAAAACUACUCCAUGGAAUCUCGGACUCAUUUCCGUAUUCAAGCCGCCCUGCACAAAGCCAAGGGCGCGAGACAAAAUGGAGUCUACGUGCCGUCAAGCCCAUAGGACUGAGAAUGAGCUGAGAUUCUGCAUCUGUAUUCUUCCUUAAUUCUCCCACUCGGCAUUCGCUGGCCCCGGCACGGGGUUGGAACUGUCUCUUCUUCAGGAGGGUUUGGGGGUAAAGCAAUGGGUGAUUUUUUAUUUUUUUUAUUUGUCUUCUUACUGAUGACGUGCCCAUGUGGCACUGAUGGCCAUCAUCAAGCGUGUGACACAUGCACUGCCUGACCUUCACUUCCUCAAUCAUCUGGAAGCCAAGGCAAGUCUUGGCAUGUGCCUCAAAUAACAAUGAACCAAAUUAGAAAAGCUUUUAUUUAUUUAUUUUUGAUUGUGUUAAAAUGGCCGCUGCUACUACUACUACUACAAAAAAAAUGUUGGUCUAUGCAGGGUUGAGGUGGUGGUCUUAAUAAAACAUGAGGUGCAUCUUAUCUGUAAUUUUGGUAAAAAAUACUAAAAAAAAAACUGCAACUUGUUUAUUAUAUAGAUUCAUUGCAUACAAUAAUAUAUUUCAGGAUUUUUAAAUUAUUAGGGGCGGUCACUGCAGCGAAUUAAGGAAAGUAUAUGUUUUAUGAAUCUAUAUAAUCGUUUUCAUUUUUUAAUUGAGCUGCUGAAUUGAACUUGACAAUGUUUAAAUUUAUGUAGAUGCACCUGUAGUUUAGGACUAAAGCUACCAUUUAGACAUUAGUUUAAUAAAGUUAAGGGCUCAUCCAAAAAACACUCAGCCUUAUUAAAAUAAUUCAUGCCUUAUGUGCUAACAGUUGAGUUAGCAUUUAGCCAACCUUUCCUUAAAAUAUGUGUAAAAUAAUCAAUUCUGUCUCCACAAUCCACCGUAGACUUUUUUAUACUGUCAAUGGCAUCUCUUUACUGAACUUGUCCUGUUGUAAAAGGACAGUUGACCAUGUGUCUUUUAGAAAAGGCACACUCCUCUUCUUCUGUCCCCCACAUCAGUGGGAUAGACUCCAGCAGCACUCGAGCUUGAACAAACAGGCCAUUCACUCGGAGCAGUGAGGGGACCACGUGUUUGUCCGCCUCUUGCAUCUUUAGCGAAGAAAGGACAAGCGCGACAGUGUGAACCUCAACCUGCUGCUGCCCUUCAGCCAUGCUUGAUGACAACCUCCUCUUGAGGGGCUUGAGUUGUAUUUAGCACUGGUGUCCAACAGUACUUAUGGAUCUGAACAAAUACAGUCUAUCACAGUGAAAGGGGAGAAAUUGUGUAAAUAUUGAAUGACCUAAUGGGCAGGGCCCCAGUACCUGUUGAACACUGUGAAGCUCAAGAUGGAGUUUCAUGUGAGAACUGCUCAUUUUAUUCAUUUUUAGAGGGAGGUUUGGUGAUGGUGAUGAGGAACUUCUUUCUCACAUGUCUUAGUAAUAUUCCAAUCACCAUUUUGGUUUCAUUUUAAAAUUUUCGUAUUGUAUUAUGUUGCAUAUCCCUUUCAAUUUCCACCUGGACAUUUUUAACAUGAAACUUUGUGGCAUUGUGAUGUUUGCAUUUAGCAAAUGAGAAUGGCAAGGCUACCACUGAGCAUUCCUAGCUGUAUAUAGUGAUUUUUUUUGUUAUUGUAAUUUAAAAUGGAAUCAAGAGAACAAUCUUGUUUGCAGUCUUUCCCCC